AUGAAAUCGGUUAGAAAACCAAAAGACUUUAGCAUCGAGAGUAUUCUAGCCGAUAAAUUCAGAUUUCUUCGAAAUGACCAAUAUAUAAACUUGUCUCAAUUUAGUGUAACAAAAACUCAUGAACUUGAUUUACAGAAAGAAAAAUUUGAAAAAAAUGUUGGAACAGCCGUUGAAAUUAGUAUAGAAGAAGAUGUCGCGGUAAAUACAAAAAAUAAUUUUGCAUCCAUUAAAGAAAAUCCUGCACCGAAUCCUGCGCAGAAUUUACCGACCAACUUCGGAAUUGACACAAGAGAUACGUAUCAAAUAAAUAAUGUGUUUAAAAAUAACGAAUUUAGUGAUGCGGAAGAUUAUGGUGUGUAUUUUCAACGAAAAAGUGAAGUUAACUUUGACAUAAUUGAAAAAUGUACCACUGAUAUGAAAAAGUCCUGUUUAAUUGCUGAUGAAAAAGAACAUAUGGCAGUCUAUCAACAUUUUUCAAAACCCUUUGAACAAGAGGAAUUUAAUUCAAAUGAAAUAAGCGGCUCAAAAGUAAUAACGCACACUGGAAAAGGUCACGUAACAAAUUAUGAAUACGUUAAACCUGAGAAGGGUGAUGAGUGUUACGAAGAAAUAAAUGAACGUUAUGGUAAUUUGACAAAGAUAGAAAAUAGAUCUCCGUCGCUUAAUAAUAUGAGAGAAAAGCUUAUUAAUCUUUUAAAUAACAAAACAGAUUAUGUAGAAGUAAUGAAAAAUGCAACAGAGUUAGAAUGGCUUCGAUGUACAAGGUAUAAACCUCCAAAAAUUCCUAGAAAACGUGCGAUUGGAAAAAAUAGACGAAAGCCUAGUCUUCAUCCUCGGAUACCAUUUUCAACUUUUCAACUGGAUUUUCUCGAGCAGCAAUUUCAGAUCAAUGCUUAUCUUUCAAAAGACAACGUAUUGGAGAUAUCAAAUGUUUUAAAUCUUCCUCCUAACCGGAUAAAGAUUUGGUUUCAAAAUCGACGUGCCAGGGAGCGACGUGAAUUUUGUAUUAAAAUAUAAUAAUACAAUAAAAAAUAAGCCUAUUACACAAUUUAUACGAAU